AUGUCUACCCUCGUGGAUUUAACUAUAGGAAGAAACCAAACCUCUGGAAGAAUUCCAGCAGAUAUUGGGAAUCUUGUCAAUUUGUAUCGAUUAGGCAUCGAGGAAAAUCAUUUUUCUUGCAGCAUUCCAAUUUCUUUCGAGAGGCUUCAAAAGCUUGAAGGAUUGUAUUUGCAUUCAAACAAGUUGUUAGGACAAAUCACUCCAACCACAGGUCCGUUACCCCAAGAAGUUGGCCACCUGAAAAAUAUUGGUGCAUUAGAUAUCUCAGAGAACAAAUUGUCUGGUGAAAUUCCUGGGUCAAUAGGUGAACGUUUGAAAGUAGAAUUCCUUUACAUGCAGGGUAACUUUCUCCAAGGACCCAUUCCUUCAUCCCUUGCUUCCUUGAGGGGUGAGGUACCAAUCAACGCAGUGUUCAGCGAUAUGACAGCAUUUUCACUCGUUGGAAACAAAAAUCUUUGUGGAGGUAUCCCAGAACUGCAGCUACCAGCUUGCCCCAUCGAGCGAAAGAAACACAAAAGCUCUCCUGUUGCCAUUAUCCUUGCAACAAUCAUCAGUUCAACUGAGCUUUUCAUGAAAAUAACAUUCUUAAGGGAGCUUCUCAAAGCAACGCAGGGAUUCUCUUCAGACAAACUCAACCUUCGACAACACGGAGCUCCCAAGCAACGAUUAAAAGCUGUUGUGCUUGAUUUCAUGGUGAAUGGAAGUUUAGAAAUGUGGUUGCAUGCAAAUGAGGAUGGUAUUAGUCAGUCAGGGAAUUUAAACGUUCUUCAAAGGCUUCGAGUUGCCGUUGAUUUGUCAUCUACAUUGCAUUCUGCUCAUAUUGGUGAUUUUGGAUUAGCGAGACUACUUUCCAAAAGCUCAAAUAAUUCUUCUCAAGGCCAAGUGAGCUCCAAUGGGGUAAAGGGAACAAUCGGCUAUAUGCCUCCAGAAUAUGGAAUAGGUGGCGAGCCAGCAACAUAUGGGGAUGUGUACAGCUUUGGAAUAAUUUUGUUAGAGAUAUUCAUAGGACGGAGACCAAUUGAUGAAGUGUUCACAAAUGGUUUGAAUCUCCAAAACUUUGUUUGGUCUAAGCUACCAGGACAAGUGCUGCAGGUUCUAGAUCCCAUGCUUAUUGCAACAGGAGAAGUGAGGGCAGAAGAAAUAUGA